AUGAUAGGAAGUGACAUCAAAAAGACUCGGUCAGAGUCUGCUGCGUCUGUCCAGGUCGGCACUUCAAAUGCAUACAACGUCGCAGAGACUGAGGAGAUUAAGAAGACGACGAUGGUGGAUGUCGAUGAUGAGAUCCUCAGAAGGAACGGCCAUGAAGCGGCCCUCGAGCGCCAGUUUAGUUGGAUCAGCGCUCUGGGCUUAGGGUUUUCCAUCACAAACUCAUGGGUCGGAUACCUGCCCGGAUAG